UUUCAAAAUAGUUCAAGAAAAAAUUAGCAACAAACAGCACGAACUGUUCGCCCAAUAUAGCAAUACAAGUCAUAUGGACGUAUUUAAUUACCGAUUGAGUGAACAGUAUCUCUCAUAUCGGAAAACUGUUUCGAAAGAAAAGUUGUUGACGCUAUAUUAUUUAUUGCGAAAAUUAUUUUUAGUGAAAAUGAUAAUUAACAGGUAAAAUACCGAAGGCUCUUACAUGUACGCGUAGUACCUAUUUUUGGAUUAUGUAGAGGUCUGGGUUCUAGCGCGGACACUUUAUCCGCAGAGUGACGGAUGAAAAGCAGUGUUGAAUAAAACAAAUGAAAUAAGAUGAAACUACAUUGACAUUUGAGUUUUAAUUUAAAAGUUUAAAACGAACUUUAAUCCUUGCAAGAUAAGAUACGGGAAGAAAGAAAAGUACAUUCUUAUUUUCUCGAACACUUUAGUUUAGUUAUGCUUUCUCGUGCUGUAAAGGAACACACUGCUCAAAGACAAAAUAGAAAAGAUCAGCAAGAGAAAAAAAGAAAAGAAGUAUUUGAAUCUACAAAUGUUGUUGUUGAUAAACUGGUCAGCACAUUAAAUGAUGGUGUUGAAGAAAUUUAUCAAAAUCAAAAGAAGUUGGAAUCUGAAGCUAAACAACUGCAAACACAUACAGCUCAAUUUUCGAAACAGUCAAUUCAAUGGCUUCAAUUGGCUGAAGGAUUUAACCGAGCUUUAAAGGAGUUGGGUGAUAUUGAGAAUUGGUCUCAAGUAAUUGAAGCUGAAAUGACCACUAUUGCCGGAGCUUUGGAAUAUGCUUACAAAGGAGAUGUUCCUGGUUGAUGGAUGCUGAUUGCAAUGUAAUUUUUUUGUGCAAAGUUAGAUAUUUCUUACUAUUGUAUCCACGUUGAAAUUACCUUGAAGUACUUUUUGCCGCUCUGUGAAACAGCGAAUAUAGGUUGAAUUCUGGAUUCCCGUAAUUUUUUAUAAACUUGAUUUACUGUCGGAUAAUCCUGUUGCAAUCAAACAUACAUGAAAUUUAUUGAACGAAAAUUUUUGUAGCUAAAUUGAAGGUUUGCUAGUUUUUCAUGCAUUGGCAUUAGUUGAUUUAAAGAUGCAAGAUGUUUAACAAGAUGAUCUAUACGCUUUGGUAGCUCAUGUGAAAAGCGAUUUUUUAAAGAUAGCGUGUUUUUUUUGUUGAAAUUGUGUAUAAAUGUAGUUAGUGUACUAUGAUUUAGGUUUUCGAUGUAAACCAGAUUAAUGGUGAAUUCUUGAAAUAGCUAA